AAAAAAAAAAAAAGGCUUCUAUGCCUGUUUCGGGCACCUUGUCCCUACUACAGGCACCUCAUGGGCUACCAACUUGGAACUACCUAUCAUUAUCAUUUCUGACAUGGAUGGGCCACACCGGUAUUCUGCCGAUGUCGCCUCUGCGGUAUUUGAGAACCUCCAAGACCAGCACCAAUGGGCAUCGUUGGAAAUCCUUAGCAUCCCAGGGCUGUCGCGGCCAAUGAUUCGAGGCCUCCCACCACGCCUCUUAUAUCUCCACCCAGACGAUCAGAUAGCAGCGCUUGCAUAUGAAAAGUCAGCUGGGACAAGGGCUCAACAUGACGCUGAGUUUGAAUGGGUGCUGGCGGUCCAUCUCGCCGAGAAAUGGACGCUCUCCAACUUUGCGGCAGUCAUGGACGCCCUUCCAGACGAUCGCAAGGGUGCUAAGCGAAUCGUCCUGGCCGCCUUGCAUAAUGACUCAACCGUUGUAUAUUACAUUGUACAGGAGGGAAUGAUAAAGCCUCGUCAGAACUAGAAACACCGAAAUCGCUAUGAUAUCUCCCUUACAUCGUGAGCAUUCUAUUCAGGCUCAAAAGUUGCGAGAUUUUUAUCGGCCCGUUUGGCGUCAAGGAGUUGGCCAGUCUACUUUUUUUUCUCGUCAAAUUCAUUUGCCACGUACAAAGUAUAGGGGCGCAUGAAUUACAAGUCCAUAU